UUUUUCCUAUCACUUGUCUUUUGUCCGAAAAAUAGACUAAAAUCGGGCGUUUGUAUUUCCGAGUAAAAUGUCGAAACUUCUUCUUUAUAGUCGCCGCUUCAGUUCUCUCUCACAUGAUCAACUGCUGCUCACUCCCAAGUUUCGGCCCUUCACUCUAAACAUCCUCCAUUUCCGAACAUUUUCAGCCGAUGUCAAUGGGGAAACCAAAGCGGAGACAGCAAGGAGUAUGGGUUAUGAAGGCGAGGGGACCGGCUAUAAUGACAGCAAGUAUCCGAGUGGCGAGUUUGUUUUCAAGCAGCGGAGCGCGCGGGAAGAGUUUCUGCUAAAGACUAGGCUGUUCUUUGCUUUGCCUUGGGAACGCUUCGAGAAGGGCAGUGUUUUGAAGAUGAUACUGCGGGGAGAGAUAUCCGAUCAGCUGAAGAGCUUCUCCAGAGCGUUAUCUUUACCUCAAAUUUGUCAAAAUUUUGAAAAAGCAGCUUAUGAUCCUCGUGUGGUGGGUAUUUACCUCCACAUCGAUACAUUGAAUUGUGGGUGGGGAAAGCUAGAAGAGAUUCGGAGGCACAUUUUGAAUUUUAAGAAAUCAGGUAAGUUCAUCACAGGCUAUGUGCCUGCAUGUGGAGUGAAAGAGUAUUAUAUUGGCUGUGCUUGUGACGAGCUUUAUGCUCCACCAAGUGCCUAUGUUGGAUUGUAUGGGUUACUUGUUCAGGCAUCAUUUCUUGGAGGUGUGCUUGAGAAAGUUGGUAUUGAAGCACAAGUCGAGAGGAUUGGUAAAUACAAGACUCUUGGAGAUCAACUUACACGUAAGAGUAUGUCUGAUGAGAACCGUGAGAUGCUGACUGCUCUGCUCGAUAACAUGUACAGCAAUUGGCUUGACAAAAUUUCACUUGCAAAAGGAAAGAAAAAGGAAGACAUUGAAAAUUUUAUCAAUGAAGGAGUGUAUCAAGUUGAGAGAAUGAAAGAGGAAGGCUUAAUAACAGAUAUUAAAUAUGAUGAUGAGGUUAUGUGCUUGUUGAGAAAACGCCUGGGAAUCCCAAACACAAAAAGACUUCCUACCGUUGGCUACAGGAAAUACAGUAGUGUCAGGAGAUGGACUCUGGGCUUGACUGGCUAUGAAGACCAGAUAGCUAUAAUUAGAGCAUCAGGGAGCAUUAGCAGGACACAAGGCCGAUUUAGGACACCCAGCUCAAGGAUUAUUGCUGAGCAAUUCAUUGAAAAGAUUCGCAGUAUAAGAGUGUCAAAAAAGUAUAAAGCUGUCGUCAUUCGAAUUGAUAGCCCUGGGGGAGAUGCCCUUGCUUCUGAUUUAAUGUGGAGGGAAAUCAAACUUUUGGCGGCUACGAAGCCUGUUAUUGCAUCACUUUCUGAUGUAGCUGCUAGUGGAGGAUAUUAUAUGGCAAUGGCUGCAGAUGCUAUAGUUGCAGAACACCUUACAUUAACCGGUUCAAUUGGAGUUGUGACAGGAAAGAUUAAUCUGGGGAAAUUAUAUGAGCAUAUUGGCUUCAAUAAGGAGAUCAUUUCAAGAGGAAGAUAUGCAGAACUUGCUGCCGCUGAACAUCGACCAUUGAGAGCAGAUGAAGCAGAACUUUUUGCCAAGAGAGCACAGGAUAUGUAUAAACAUUUUCGGGACAAGGCAGCCUUUUCCAGAUCAAUGAGUGUGGACAAGAUGGAGCAGGCUGCACAGGGCAGAGUUUGGACUGGUCAUGAUGCUGCUUCACUUGGUCUAGUUGAUGCUAUUGGUGGGCUCGCUCGGGCUGUAGCAAUAGCCAAACAAAAGGCUAAUAUACCACUAGAGAAACAGGUAACUCUUGUUGAGCUGUCAAGGAUGUCCUCCUCCCCACUUGAAAUUUUGAGGGACAUGGGGAACACCUUCGUCGAAGCAGAUGAAGCUGUUAAAGAUUUGAUACAUGAGACGACAUCUUCUGAUGCAAUUCAAGCUAGAAUGGAUGGCAUUUUGUUUGAGAAGUUGGAGGGUGCUACUUACACCAACUCUGCCUUGGCACUGGUCUUGCUGUGGCGAGGGAAUCAUCUUCUCUUAAUGCAGCAUAUAGGUCUACUCUUGCUUCCACCAGUUACCAUAUUUGGCAAGAAAGAAAUUGAGGUGAUCCCGGGGCGUGGCAAUGGAUGCAGAUAGGUUGGCACGAUUGAUUACGGACCAAUUUAGGAUGAAAAUCACUAGUGCAGAAUUGAAGGAUUCUUUGCAAGCCUCUGUGCUUUAUAGGCUUAGGGAGAUAGCCUGGGAUCAUGAGCAGGCAUAUAUGUCCACAAAAGAAUUGAUAAAGCCUUCAAAUACUUGAGAACUAUAGAGACAGUGAUAUAACAAAAAAUUUAGGAUAAGUUUGCAAGAGAUAGAAAACUUUUUUCUUCUGUUCGGUAAAGCUUAUGUGUCUUUUUUUUCCCUUGC